CUUAUUUUAAAAUUAUGUGUUUAUAUCAGUUUAAUAGUACAUCAGACGAAGCAUACCAGUAAUAAAAUUAGAAUAUAUGUUCUUUCUGCUGUCACAUUCAUUUCCUCCGGCUCACAGUAAGUGUUGUUUACGGAUCUGAAUGCUGUGCAGUAAUAAGAGAAUAAUCUCUACAACAAAGGACUAUUGUAUUUGGACAUUGAUAUGAAUACUGUACAGCAAAAUUAGAAAGGCCUAUACGGAUAUCAGGCAGAAAUACACUUUUUUUUAAAUCUCAAAACUUUAAAACCCGUAUCACCAUCUGAUUCGAUCUGCAAAGACAGUGACAUACUGAAAAACUCGUCGGUGCAAUGUCUGGAGGAAGUCGACAACAUAAGCACAUAGCCCCACCAGAUGGUGGGUGGGGUUGGGCCGUAGUAGCAGGAUCGUUUUUGUGCAUGUUUAUAUCGUUUGGCUACCCGAGGAAUCUCGGCCUAUUCAUAACUCCGGUGGUUGAUGAUUUCGAAAGCUCAACUGGACCAAUUGGAUUUAUAGUGUCGAUGCCCAUCACGCUGCUCUUGACAACAGGUCCACUUUCUGGUGUUCUAUGUAAGAAGUUUGGCAGCAGAUUUACGGGUAUACUAGGAGGAAUCUUGGUAUCUACAGGACUUGCAAUAGGUUAUGCAACCACCAAUUUAUUUUACCUUGCUCUUGGUAUCGGCGUACUUCCAGGUCUGGGCUUGGGAUUAGCCUAUACUGCAAGUGUGGUUAUUGUCAGUCGAUAUUUUGAAAAAAUGUUUGUUGUUGCAAAUGGAAUUAUCUUUCUUGGUGGACCUAUUAGUUUUCUAGUUUGCCCAUUUAUAGGAGAGACUUUAAUGGAGCUGUAUGGAUGGAGAUGUACUCUCCUGCUUUGGUGUGCCAUGUCUCUACAUAUAAUAGUUGGUGGUGUCCUAAUGCGACCGGUGUAUCUUCUCCGUGAUCUUGAUAAUACUGAUGAUAAUACUGAUAAUGAGUAUGAAUUACUGGACAAUCUUCAAGAACCAACCAGCGAACACCAGCUUACAAACAAUACGGGUCCCUCAGGAAAUGCAUGUACUCGAGUAUGGAAACGUAUAGCGUCGCAAUUAGAAUUGCAGUUGUUUACUCAGAAUGCAAUGUUUGUACUUAUAACGGUAGUGAUAUUUCUUAAUGGGUUUGCGUAUGAAUCCUGGCUUAUUUACGUGAUACCUCAAGCUCAAGAGCUGAAUAUUCCGGAUGAAAUGUCGGCAAUUAUUCUAACUACCACCGGAAUUGGAUCGGUAGUAGGUCGUCUGGGACAAAUUGGCAUCCUACAUUUUAACAUCCUCUCAACGUACAACCUGUGGGUUUUAGCAAACGUACUUGCUGCACUUGCGUUAAUAACGGACCCGCUAUUUCAAAACAUUUACAGUAUUAUAGUUUUUUCAGUAGUGUAUGGUGUAGCAACUGGCAUCAAGAUGCCAUUGGCUCCUGUUCUAGUACGUGAUUAUGUUGGAAUCGAAAAAAUACAUGUUGCGUUUGGAUGGUUAAACUUGUCAAGAGGUAUUGGUGCCCUUUGCGGGGGUACUUCAAUGGGUAUUCUUCAUACUUAUUACGGAAGCUAUCGCCAACCAUUCGUCAUCGUAGCAGCUGUGCAAUCUCUUGCAGCUAUUAUACUGGCAUUUAAACCACGUAGCCGUGAAAGUUAAGGAAAAAGCCGUAUAUUUGGAUGGAUUCUACUAUCAUUUUAAAUGAACACAAUGCAAAUACAAAUAUUGGGUUAUUAUGAAACAACUUUAAUCGGAAGUGAAGAUGCGAAGUAAUUAUUUAUGAGAGAAGUAUAUUUAUAUUUUAUUCAACUGCGAGGGAAAAUGAGGAAAGAAAGUUUGAAGAUUGGCGUGAGUUUAUAAGACAGGUUUAUUUGUCGUUGACAUGCUGUAAGAUACAGCAUAUACACUAACAUAAUUAUGUUGAUUUCACAGCUAAUAUGACAUUAGGUAAAAGAGUGAAACACGGUCGAACCGAAAGUUAAGAUGUUUGCAUACCAUUCUGGGUUCUGGGUUAUAAUAAUGUCAGUGACAUAAUUUCUUCCUCACGACCAAAAUAAUUCCACCCUCAUAAUAGACUUAGGCCUAGUUUUAUGUAGAACGGCGUUCCGCAAACUUUUUACUUCACGGCCUAUUUACGAUUCCAGGCACCAAGCCGCGGCCCAGCAGCCCAGCCACGCCAGAGACCAACAUACCAAAUCCU